CAUUUUCUCAUUUCAAAUCAAAUUACACACCUCUCCGCUGCUGUCUUCGUUGCUUGUGUAGAUCGCCAUUGAGGAAGGAGAACAUUAUGGCUCCUGCCAUGGCUUCUACCCUGCAAGCUGCCGGCAAUCCAACCUCCCAAAUCCACCAAUUUAACUCACGACUGCGACCUAAAUCUGUCCAAGUUCUAAGAAACCAUUCUUCUAGAAUACUCUGUUCCGCUUCCCCGGCCUCCUCCAACUCCCUCCUGAACCUGACGACCAUGACCGGCACCACCCCGGCCUUCUACCCAGCUCCUCAUCUGCGGGAGGCGGUAGAGAGUAGUAUCCCCAAGCUGGCAACGGGAAACGGCGACGAAAGGCUGAAAUGGAAUUUGUUCCAGCAGCUGGCGGCGGCUGUCUUGGACAAAAUCGAGGAGGGUUUCAUAGCCGAAGUGCUCGAGCGGCCGCACCCCCUGCCUAAGACGGCUGAUCCUUCUAUCCAAAUCGCCGGCAAUUUCGCCCCAGUCGACGAGCACGCCCCUUGCUACAACCUCCAUGUAGAGGGCCGCAUACCCCCGUUCAUCAACGGGGUUUAUGUCCGCAACGGCGCCAAUCCUCUGUUCGAGCCAGUAGCCGGGCACCACUUCUUCGACGGCGAUGGCAUGGUGCAUGCCGUCCACCUCCGUAACGGCACCGCCGCCUACGCUUGCCGGUACACUGAGACUGAGCGGCUCUGCCAGGAGCGCGCCAUCGGGAAGCCCGUCUUCCCCAAGGCGAUCGGCGAGCUGCACGGUCACUCGGGGAUCGCACGGCUGCUGCUCUUCUACGCGAGGAGCCUUUUUGGUAUCGUCGACGGAAGCCACGGGAUCGGCGUGGCCAACGCCGGCCUCGUCUACUUCAACGACCGUCUGCUCGCCAUGUCGGAAGACGACAUCCCGUACCACGUCCGGAUCACUCCCUCCGGCGACCUGGAGACCGUGGAGCGGUACGAUUUCCACGGCCAGCUCCGGUCCUCCAUGAUUGCGCACCCGAAGGUGGAUCCGAUCUCCCGGGAGCUAUUUGCGCUCAGCUACGACGUCAUCCAAAAGCCUUAUCUCAAGUACUUUUACUUCUCCCCCGACGGAAAAAAGUCGCCCGACGUGGAGAUCCCCCUUGACCAACCCACCAUGAUGCACGACUUCGCCAUAACCGAGAAUUACGUCGUGGUUCCCGACCAUCAGAUGGUUUUCAAGAUGCAGGAGAUGAUCCGCGGCGGAUCUCCGGUCGUCUACGACCGGAAGAAGACCGCCCGCUUUGGAAUCUUGCCCAAGUACGCUGCCGACGCCUCUGAUAUGCGGUGGGUAGACGUCCCCGACUGCUUCUGUUUCCACCUGUGGAACGCGUGGGAGGAGCCAGCUACCGGCGAGGUGGUGGUGAUAGGCUCCUGCAUGACGCCGGCUGACUCGGUGUUCAACGAAUGCCAGGAGAACCUCGAGAGCAUCGUCUCUGAGAUCCGGCUCGACCUCAACACUGGCAAGUCGACGCGGCGCCCCAUUCUGGCACCGGAACACCAAUUGAAUCUAGAAGCUGGAAUGGUGAACAGGAACAAGCUGGGGAGGAAGACUAGGUACGCGUACUUGGCGAUCGCCGAGCCGUGGCCCAAGGUGUCGGGCUUCGCCAAGGUCGACCUUUCCACAGGAGAGCUACAAAAGUUCUUUUUUGGAGACGGCCGAUUUGGAGGCGAGCCGUUCUUCGUGCCAAGGGAUGAAAACUCACCCAGGGAGGACGACGGCUACGUUCUGUCCUUCGUCCACGACGAGAAGACAUCCAAGUCGGAGCUGGUGAUUCUGAACGCCGCCGACAUGCUGGUCGAAGCCACCGUGAAGCUGCCGUCGCGCGUUCCCUACGGCUUCCAUGGGACAUUCAUCAACGCAAAGGACAUGGAGACACAGGCCUAACUAUUCUCCCUCUUUCCGAGGCCGGAGGAGACUUCCCGAGGGUGCCUGUCGGACACCCCGGAGUCUGCUCCGUUCUAGUUUGUUGGUUAGUUUGUGCUUCGGAGCUCUGUUUUUUUCAUAAGUUACGUUACAGUUAGUGGUAGUUAGGACCGAUAGAGAGAGUACAUGGGGCGAGACCAGCUUGUAGCUUUUGGGGUUGUUUAGGUAGGUGCCUGGCGAGCUCAGCUGGUCUUUGUUAUUAUUAUUUUUUGUUUUACCUACAGAUAGAUAGUGAUACCGAGUUACUCCCUGUAAUAACUAACCUACUCACUGUCAUGCCGUUUGUGCAUCGAGUGAGGGGGUUCAUCAACGAGGGAAGUGGAGGGCCUCCCCGUGAACCUCUGUUUCUGUACAUUGUUCAGUACGUGCAAUACAUAUUGUUGUCUAUUCUUCUUUCUUUGAAUGAUCUUUUUG